AAAGCAAUAUUCUACACAUUUAGAAGCUUUUAUUGUGAAGGCAAACUGGAAGAAGAAUGAGUCACUUCCUGUUGGGGUUAACGUCGUGCUAGCUGGGGCGUGUUGGGUUCGGUCUUCCUUUUGCUUCGUCAAAAACGAACUUCAUGGUUGGGUAAAGAGUUCACAGUUCGACUUUUGACAAGCGCCGGGCAGAACGUCUGGACAAACUGGACUGGAUGUUGUCAGGUAUUUCUACCUGAAUGCGGGUGAACGCAGAACCGAAGCCCCACUGGGCCGUCCAAUGCGCAGCCGCAGUUGAUUGCCAGGUGACCUCCCUCGGUGUUCUUCAUGCUGCCGUCGGUUGCAUGAUGUAGCAGGGCGGGUUCGCAUUGGCUGAACUGAAGUUGUCAAAGUCGACAGAAGAAGCUCCCAACAGCGUCGUCCUGUCUGACAGUAUGGCUCGCUGGCUGGCAGCCAGAGCCUGGGCUUGGGCUUGGGCUUGGGGCCACUCGAGGGACACCACAACCAAGAGCCCAAAGCGACCCAGCUCUGGAGGCUGGGACCUGGGCGGCUGGCCUUCCUGGAUGUGGGGGAAGUGGAGACCACCAAUUGCCCACUGUGAAGCGGCAGAAGAGUUUUGGGAAGCGGAGGAGAGGCUUCCACCAUCUACGGUGGAAGACGUUGGAGUGGAGAAACCAGAGUCCAGUGCACAGACAUCCAAGUGGUGGAGCAGUUAUCUCCCAUCUUUUUCUUUUUGGCCAAGAAAUACUGAGACCGAUGGGCUGAAGAAAGGUAGAAAAAAGAGAGCUGCAGCUCAGCAGGAGACUGAUGGAGACUUUUCUGAUUAUGAAACUCCUCCACCCUCUCCUCUGCCCAUUUCCCUGUCUCCUUUUCGACUUUUUGCUCACAGCUUGACUGUGGAAAUCCUGGCUGAACACUACGAGAUCUGUUUUAAUUUCCUGCGCCACCUUUUUGACCUGUGCGUGGUCGCUUUUUUGUGGACCGUGUCCCCUCCCGCCAAGCUGGUCCUGGAGGUGCUGGGGGUCCAGGGGGCGCUGAAGCUGUGGCUCCACGGCAUGGCCCUGUUUUUUGUUUCCACGGUGGGCAUGGCUGGACUCUUGUGGCUGAUUCAGGAGUAUCUCCCCCAGUUUGCCCUCAUCUACGGGAUCAUUCAGGCCUUGGUGAUUUCUGUCAGCAUUCGACAGAGUGUGAUCCUGGAAAUAGAUGAAGACAAGAAGGAGGAGGAGGAGAGGGAUGAAGAGAUUGAGGGGCAAAACUAAAACACUUCUCCCCCACCCCCUGGAUUUUAUACACUUAUAUUUUGUUUUACAACUAGAUUUUAAGAUGUGUUUUAGUUCUGAGACUACAAAUCCUGUAAUAAUGCAAUCCUGGCUUUGCUAAAUGAGACUGUCAGACCAUGAACACACUCUACUGGAGCUGCAGGACCGAGGAUAACAACCAGUGAUCCUUUUGACUCUGGCUCUACGUCAUACUUGGUGCAAAAGCAUCACAAACGACUUCUACAAAAGCUGGUUCUCAGUUUGUUUUCCACAGAUGGAUAGAAGCUUCUGCCAUCAGGGACCUCCCUGUUCUUAGUAGUUGCUUUCCUUUCACUUGUGCCAAUUUGAUCGUCUUCAGAUGUUCUCUGCAGGAAUUCAGGACCCAGCCAUAAGUAGAUCGGUGUAAUCACACUGAGGACCGAGAAAAUUGAGCUUGGUCCAUGGAGGAUGUUUUGGUCUGAGCACGAACUGCCCCGUCUUAUUUUGCAGCUUUACUUGACCUCUGAUGGAACUCCUGGGUCCAUGCAGGAGCUGAAAGGGGUCUUGUGCAUCCUCUGCUGCCUCAGAAAACCACGUCCUCUCCCUCCACCGGCCCACCUUCGUCUUCAGGUGUUCUUCAGUGCACUGAAUGUGUUCAUAGACUGAUCGCUGCACAGAUUAGAACAAGAACUGAACACUAAAAGAAACCUGUCGUUUAAUGCUAACAUUUCUCAAACUAUGUAUCACAAAGUCUCUAAGAAGUGACCAUUUGGACUGAGUUUUGGUCUCUGUCCUGUUCAGGUAAACACUAUUGUUGUGAAUGAGAAAUGUAAGAACUCUUGACACUAGAAGAACACUUUAUUUUUAAGCUCUUUGGUGUCAAAUUGCCUUUAGUCUGUUGUGUUUCUUCUGCUGCUGACUGUUUCAGUGCAGAAGUGAACUGAGUUGCACCUUCUGUUGGUGGGUCACUAUCAACACAAAACAAUUUUGUUCUGUUUGUGCUUUAUAAUAGUUCACUCUGCACUCAGUUAUGGUCUUACACUCCGUCUGCACAUGCUCAGUUUAGUCUCCCGCAGGCGUGUCGCUGCCCGUCACCCUGACUGGCUGUAAUUUGUCAUUUUUCUGGAGGAUCAGAAAGAUGGAGGUGGAGCACUUGCACAUACAGAUGUGUGAGAGCAGGAAUGAGAGAAAAGUGAAGAGCAGCCAUGGACAGGAUGUCUGCACAACUACAGUUUGCACACGCUGUUAAAGAAAAUCAGUUUUAUUAAAGAAAAUUGAUCUUCACGAAGAAGAUGGGAAUUCUUGUCUAGCUGCUUUUUGCUGUUAUUGUGUGAACUAAUACUCGUCAUGCACCUUUUCUUUGUCUUGAAUCAAGUUAAAUAAUAAUUUGAACAAAUCCACACUUCAAAUACUUUUCUAAACUGUGCAUCAUGUUAGUUAAACAGAGUUGUGCUAAGAAUUUGCAAUCUUGGAGCUCCACCUGAAAGAAGUCGGCAAUCUCCGUCUCAUAGAAAUGUAUGCAUCAUGUAGCCCUGCCAGGACAAUUAAGAAAACUGAACAUUGAAAACUUCAACGGCUCAAGUCACAUGAGAAAUAUUAAAAAAUAUAUAAAGAUCUUGGUGUACUACAGUUAUGCAAACUUAUUUUUGUAAGCUAAAUAAGUUUGCAGGGUGAGCUUUUGUGCCGAAACUUAUUAAACACUCGACUAACAGAA